UUUUAGUUUUGUUUCCUUUCCAGUCAAUUCCUAAACAUGAGCUCUGGUGUGGGUGUCAGUGACGAAGCCACGAACACGUUCAACGGCUUCAAGCUCCAAGCGCCUGAUCAUAAGUUCCGCUAUGUCACCUUCAAGAUUGAAGGCAAUCAAUUCGUCGUGGACAAGACCGGCCCCCGCGAACACACCUACGAAGACUUUGCCAAGGCCUUGGCGGGCGAUUUGACCGUGCCCAACCCUGUAUAUGAAUGCCGACAUGGCGUGAUUGACCUCGACUGCACGAGCAAAGACGGCCGCCCCGUCGCCAAGUUGGUGUUUCUCUCCUGGUCGCCUGAAAACGCGUCUAUUAAGGCCAAGAUGGUGUACUCGUCGUCGAAGGAAGCCUUGAAGAGCGUGUGUGUGGGCGUCGGAAUCUUCAUCAACGCCACGGAUGCCUCGGAAUUGGAAUUUGCCACCGUUGCCGACGGCGUGUCCAAGUUCCUUUAAAUGUCCGACUAGAUUUGGCAUGCUGCUAGGUAGUUGUGUUGAACAGCAUGCCCGGCAGGAUGCCUGGCGUGGUUUUUAACUACCCCUUCAUACACAUCCUUCCUUCUAUACUA